UAAAUAUCCAAGUUAGUUUCACAGGGAACAGGCUGCAUUUCUCUGUCUCAUCCAAAACUGGGUAUCAUCCUACCUGAUUAAACCAGGAAUUAGGUCAAUUUUAACAAUAUUAAUUUGGUUGAAACAAAAAUCAUGGCUACUGUCCACUAUUUUUGUACUCAGAAAAACUGGUUUGCAAUCAGUUUUGGAGAAAGACAAGUCAGUGACUGAUUUUAAUGUAGCUUUUGACAACUGAACAAAAAUACCACAGUUACUUCACAAAACUAUGAAAUUAGAAGCUAGCUGUGAGAGACAUGAUGGUACUACUCCUCGUGUAUUAUUGAGCUUAUCUGAGCAAAUAUGCACACAGACACAGAGAAAUAUACCUACUUAUGCACAUACAUAUAUACACAUGUGUGUGUCUGUAGAUACAAACACAUGCAUGUGUAUACACAUAUGUCUAUUUUUACAUAAGCAGUGAGAAAUAAGAUGUCACGUAAGGAUCUCAAGGCAGACCAGUGAAAGAAGCAAUACAAGACAUUUUCCCACACUUUCUCUUUCUUGAGGUGAGAUGUGACAUUACAGUAUAUCUUAACAGAGGGAGAUCACAAGCUCCAUUUCUGUCUCGGGGGCCAGGAAGCUCUGUAAGUCUUGCCAGGCCCAAGGGAUUAAGCUGCAGUUUCAACAGAUGCCUGGGCUUUGAUUGCCCUAGACACUGUCAAGGACAGGGGCUGUCCGGAGAGCCCCAUUAGGCUGUAACCCAGUCACCUGAAUUCACUUCUGUCAUCUCCCAGGAAACAUCGGAAAGUUCAAAGGAAAACACUGCACCAGGGUGUGAUAACCACAGGUGCUUCAGCUCUGCAGCACGGCUCUUCCUUGGCAACCUUCCCCUGUGUGUGGAAGAACAGUGAGACUGGCUCCCAACCUUGGGCUGGCUGUGGGUCACAGGAAUGGCAUGCUUUGAGGGGGCAGAGGGAGUAGCAGGGGCUUCUGAAAACAUUUCUCCUUCUGUUUGGACAACCAUGGCUGCCUUUGAAAGCCCUCCUUACAAACCUGUACCUAGCACUGUGGUAAGAAGUGUGCAGUGUGUGUAUGGUGAGUAUCUGGCCGCGUGUGUGUGGCAGGGGAGGGCUCCGUGGGCAGCUCUGUGUCUGUGUUCCCUGCCAGCCUUCAGCAGAGCUGCCUGCUGUGCUCGGACACAGCUCCCCAAACCCCCUCCUCACCUCGUCAUCCCAAGUUCACAGGCCUUCGGGGGGCAUUUUUCUUUGUCAUUUGUUUUCCUUUUUUUCUUCUCUUUGCCUCCCUCCCCAUGUUCCCCCUCCUUCCCAGCCUUCUAAAUAGGAGAUGUUCUCAGGACAGCGCCCAGGAGACUGGCUGGAAUCAGUUUUGGAGGGUGAUGCACCGCGACAGCUAAAAGUUGGAUAGGGUUUCAGCAGCUCCUAUAUAUAAAGCAGUGGGGACUUAUGUCACCGCACUAAUUAAAUUCCAUCUGGGUUGCUCCUCGGGGUGUUUUUGAGCCUGCCACCCCACUGGAGCAGGCAGAGGGGCCCAGGGACAGCAUGAUGAUGGACCUUUUCGAAACCGGCUCCUAUUUCUUCUACUUGGACGGGGAGAAUGGGGCCCUGCAGCAGCUGGAGAUGGCAGAGGGCUCCCCGCUGUACCCGGGCAGCGACGGCACCCUGUCCCCGUGUCAGGACCAACUGCCGCCGGAGGCCGGCAGCGACAGCAGCGGCGAGGAGCACGUGCUGGCCCCGCCGGGCCUGCAGCCCCCGCACUGCCCCGGCCAGUGCCUCAUCUGGGCCUGCAAAACCUGCAAGAGAAAGUCGGCCCCCACCGACCGGCGGAAAGCGGCCACGCUGCGGGAGCGGAGGAGGCUGAAGAAGAUCAACGAAGCCUUCGAGGCUCUGAAAAGGAGGACUGUGGCCAACCCCAACCAGCGGCUGCCCAAGGUGGAGAUCCUCAGGAGCGCCAUCAGCUACAUUGAGAGGCUGCAGGACCUACUGCACAGGCUGGAUCAGCAGGACAAAAUGCAGGAGGUGGCGGCAGACCCCUUCAGCUUCAGCCCCAAGCAGGGAAACGUCCCCGGCUCCGACUUCCUGAGCACCUGCGGCUCCGACUGGCACGGCGCUUCCGACCAUUCCCGCGCGCUGGGGAGCAGCCCCAAAGCAGGGGGCUCCAUGGUGGAGUCGUCGGCCUCCAGCAGCCUGCGCUGCCUCUCCUCCAUCGUGGACAGCAUUUCCUCCGACGAGCCCAAGCUGCCCGGCGCGGAGGAGGUGGUGGAGAAAUGAGCUCCGCGGCGAUGCGGCUGCCUCGGGACACGCUGCCCUCGGAGACCCGAGCCGCACGGACUCUUCUCUCACCCCUCUUUGUAUCUUCCGUUUUGUUUUCUUGAAGUUUUGUCCCACAGACCACCCCCAUCCCCCCUUUUUUUUUUUUUUAAUUAUUUUUAACUGACGGUACUUAGCGUUGUACCGGCGGAGCGCUCGCCCUGCGCCCAGCCGAGCAGUCCAUUCCUGUCAGGGUGAAGCCGUUUGGCUGCGUUUCGUCUGCGUCGUGCUCAGAGCGUCCCCGCCUCGUUUCGCGUCUUGUAAAUAAUUUCAGUACUGCCUUUUGUAAACGUGACAGAUGUGUAUUUAAAUGAUGGACGUGAUAUUGUAUAUAAGAAAGGGUUCCUCGGACUGUAAAAUAAAAGCUCUUUGUGUUA